AUGUUUAUUGGGAUAUCGAUAUUUGAAGGUGCCGGAACACCAGGGCGCUGGCACCUGCGUUUCUUGCAGCUGUUUGCAUUCAAAGCGGGGACAUUCGUCUCCAACUUCCCAGCGUUGUGCGUGAAAUCGCAGGAAAUGGUGCGUCACUCGGAACGCGCUUUUCUCGGUGCAAUUUCGGUGCUGUUGGUGGGCCUAGCAGUGGGCCUUCGCCAAAGGGAGGAGGACGAGCAACUCAACGCGGACAUCGGUGACGAAGAUUGGGGUGUCCCUGUGAGGCCUCGACGUAUUCACGACUUCAGGGAGGAGCCAAGCGCUUUCUUGGAAGAUGAAGAGGAGGGCUGCAGAAAUGGAUAUUCCAAGACCAGCCGAAAGCCGCUUGGGGAAGGUGUGUAUGGCAAGGUGGUGGAGGUGACUAAAGAUGACGAGAAGUUUGCCAUGAAGAUUCCAAAGCCAUUGGGAAUCAAAGAGAACUUGCAUGAGAUGAAGGUGAUGAAGGCGUCAGAUGGAUGCGAGCACGUCCUGCCGAUGAUCAAAGCCAAGCCGUGUGUGGAUGGGAAGAUCGAGAAGAAUGCCUUUGUCACGAAGCUGUUGCCCUGGGACUUGGAAAAGUGGAAGGCGAAAGAGGCAAAGACGUUGACCGCCCGCAAGAAGUGUUUCGAGAUCAUCCGGGAUGCCAUCAUGGAUGGUUUGGAGUGUAUGCAUGCAGGAAAGUACUUGCACAACGACCUCAAGGAAGACAAUGUUCUCUUUGAAGAUCUCGACAAUGAUGGCUGUCCCAUUGGCCUCGUCUUGGCUGACUUCGGAAUGUCUGCGAAGAUUGGUUCAAAGACCAGUUUGUAUGAAAACGAAGACUAUGAAGCUGCUUAUCACGUUCCAGCUGGCCUUUUCGAGGGCAUUGACAAGGAGCUGGAUACUCUGAAUGUCAACAAAGGCACAUAUGCGAUCGUGACCGAGGAGCUGGACUUUUGCGCUUGGGCCGAGAUGUCGUGGGAACAGUUGGAGGCGGGCAUCGAUGACGUUCCGAAACAGAUGGGGAGGGCGAAGAAGUACGGUUUGGGCUUCGAAGUGGUGCAGGAUGUGGAAGAACAGCGACAGCUGGAGGAAGAGGCGGUGAAGCUUCAGAGCGGCGUGGUGAACGCCGAGAAGCUCCAGGAGCUGGCAGAGAAGCAGCAGCAGCGCUUGGCCAGGUUUGACCGAGAGCAGAUGGAGCAGCAAAUGGAGCAGCCGAACGAGACAUGGGAGGACCCACUGGAGGACCCCUCAGAGGGGCGUGCUUGGCUGAAGCCAUUGCCAGUGAUCACUGAGCAACCAGAGCUGCUUGAGGAGCUCCAAAGUCAACAACUUGAGGAGCUCCAGUCUCUUCAGAAGCGCUGGCAGCAAGAGCAAGCAUCACUCCAAGAGAAGCUCCAUGCGCAACUCACCCACGUGGAGCGAGACCCCGAGCUCACGCGAGACCCCGAGGUGUCUGAGGCGACUUCGCCGGAGAAGGUCGAGAAGGUGGAAGAUGCUGAAGAGAAGAUGGAGGAAGACCAGGAGUUACCGCAGGUGGAAUCCAAACCGGCCUCGCAGCUUGCAGAGAUGCUGAGAGCACUGAUGAGCGCACAGCAGGCACAGCAGGCUCAAGAGCAUGCGCAGCAGCAGAAGCUUUUGGAGCAGAUGAAGGAGUUGAAGCUGAAAUGCGAAAAUUUGGCCCCUCCCGAGGAUGCGAGCCGCUUGCGAGAUGAGCAAGUCAAGCAGGAGAGAUCCACACGUCGAUGGCCUCCAGGGCCACUCCGCACGCCUGGGUCGACCAUGGGUGAUGGCGAGCCGCUUUCACCAGAGAAGGUUCCAUCGGAGCGCUCCGACUUCUGA